AUGGAAAAAGUCCAAGAUAAUGAUAAAUCUCGUCGUUUAAUUAUAAUAUCAUUUUGGGUAGUAAUAUUAAUUGGCCUUCCUUUGUGGUGGAAGACUACUGAGGUGUAUCGAGCCCAACUUCCGUUUGCGGAAAUUGAGGAAUGGUCUAAAUGGGAGGCGUUCGAUCUAAAUUUUCCUAUCAAUUUUAUUUUACAUAUUGCAGAUGUGAAAUCCGAUGUUGAUGAUAAAACGUUUGCUAACAGGAUUGAAAAUUCAGUUAUAUCGAAAUAUAAUUCGAUUUACUCGACUAAUAAUGAUACUGGUUAUCCAAAAUCUAUCCGUUUUCCAAUUAAGAUUGAAGUUAUUAAAUGGAACACUUGGAUGAAUGCUCUUCAAGAAG